AUGAACGGUCGAAGGUUCAAAUCCGCCCCAGUGCCAAGCAAGCCUUUCCAUUCCUCCGAUGUCGAUAAAUUGGUGAAUUAUGAAGGAUUUGGAGGAUUCGGAUACCCAGGUUUUGGGUUCGGAGGAUUCGGCGGAUUCGGUUACCCAGGAAUGGGAUAUCCUGGAUUUGGAUGGGGUCCGUUUGGUAUGAUGCGUCGCGGUUUUAUGGGAAAGAAGUAA